AUGGAGGUGGAGAAGCCUCUCAAUUGCUUCAGGUGGCAUCCCCAGGAUCAGGAAGUGCCAUGGAGGUGGAAGGCAUUCAAUAAGCUCUAUUGCUGCAGUGGGGUGCUAAUGAUUGAGGAUUCAGCAUCUGAUUCACCAACAAUUUUAGUGAUCAUGUCCUUUGGCUUUGCAAUAGUGCCUUGUGCAUUACUCUCAUACUUGGCCCUGGUCCUCACCCUGUUAACUAGGAUGGGCAUGAAGGUUACAUUAGAGGUGAUAUUCUUGGGUGGAGAGGGGGUGUUAUUUCCAUUUGUGUUAGAAGGAGCGUCAGGCGUAGGAGAUACAGUGUGGUUGAGUUUCAAAGGGACAUUGAGCCACUUUGGCUGCAUGUUGACCACUGUCAAGUCUUUGAGAGCAGACAAAUGUUUACUUAGAUUCCUGAUCUGGUCAUUUGUACCACAUGAGUCUGAGGGGAGCAUGAUUACCACAGGAUCUGAGACCAUUUCCCAUAAACACAUCACACUUUUAAGUUCUUCUGUGGGUAACAAUGGCACCAUCAGUGACAUUAGUAUUUGGACUGAGAGUGAGGAGGACUUUUGA